UCAUUGAUAUAAUUAGUUGGAUUAAUUUUUUUUUAAUAUCCAACCAAUCAUAUCACUCGAGUGUAUAAAAAAAUGCACAAAAAUAACUGUACAUAAAAUUUUUAUUAAAAAAUACAAAGCCUUGGACUUGGCUUGGUUUUCUAUCCUGUCUUUGUACUGCUGGCCUUGCCAUCAAUGAAACACGUAAGGUUUUGUGAUAAUUUUUUUUAAUUAUUUUCUUAUUAUUUAAAUUACCAGUCCACUUUGACAUCUAUAUCUGUAUCCUCACGACUUCUAUAAUAUCGAGAAAUGCAAUUUUUUUAUUAUUAUUCAACAGUUACUCCUCUUGACAUGGAAUAAGAAGAAGAAUAAAGAUGUGGUGGAGAUCACAACGGCCACUUACAAUGCAACAUGUGGCCCCAACAUGUUUCCACUGAUUAUAUAUAAAAAAUAAUAAUAAUGUCUACUUAAAAAUGGCAUUAAGUUUGGAUGUAGAGGGAGGGGGUUGGAACUUGGGAGUGGAUAGGAGAGAGAAUCUGUUUGGUAACAUGUACUAAUUUAUUAAUCCUUUUCUUUUCUCCUCCUUGCUAAUGGGUGCCUCAAUGCAAAUUCAUGAUACUCAAUGUUCUUGUUUUGACUAUAAGUUUUAAAUCAUAGUUAUUUUUAUCUAAAUCAUCGGUUUCUUAAUUAUCAUCUUCUAACGUAGAAUCAAAUGAUUAUAAAAUUCUUUAUUAUUUUUUACUUAUUUUUCUAUUUUUUGAUGUCAUAUUAGAAGAUGUUGUGAGGAUGAUAUCUCUCUUAAUUGAAUAUGAGUUGGAGUGUAUGAAUCAUUGAAUAUAUGGGAUUUUAAAUAAAAUCAUGAAACAGGGUUGAAACAUAGUUAAUUUUUAAGAAAGGCUUGUUUUGAAAAAGGGGGGGAAUAUAUGCAUGCGUGCAUUGCAUUUAUGCAAGACAGGGGUGACCCUUCCUGAGCGGAGGUUGAUGGUAAGUCCUUAUCGGGUGGGUUUGGCAUGGGGACAAGCUAAUAGCAAUGCAUUAUCCUCUUACUUCGGACACUGGGACAAAGCCCAUUGGCUCAACCAGGGGCCAACAUUUGUCAUCCACCACACAUUGAUUCUCUCUGUAUCUUCCACUCCUUCCCUAUAUAAACUUAAGCCCCCAAGAGCUCUUCAAACCACAAUACAAUUUCACAACAUUUCAAGUUACAGCACGAGACUGUAGUUCUUAAUUCUACUGUAGCAUCUACAUGGCAGCUACCACAUUCUCCACGAGAAGUUUGAAGCUCCGAUCAUGGCACCGGUGUUCGAAGCAAGCUAGAGAGCAGCGGGCACGGCUUUAUAUCAUAUGGAGGUGUGCUGUGAUUCUCCUGUGUUGGCAUGACUAGGCUGUUGGAGUUCAGUGAGAGCACCAGUUUGAAGCCUAGUUUGCAGUUCCUUGCCAAAGACUAGCUAGGUGGGAUUUCUUAUACCAGGGAAUUUUGGGUGUUUAGCAUAGAGUAAAGGAGGAUUGAUGAUGUAGUUUUUGUUAGCAGACAGAAAUCAGAUGGAACCGGGAAGAUCCAGUCGAUGUAUAAUACACAUGUAUCAUAGGGACAGCUGAAUUAGUAAAACAUUAUUUGGUUUUCUUUUA